AUGGUUCUGAAUUUUCAAAGGGCAAAUGUCUCUAUGACUCAUCAGUGCCCGAAAAGGGAUGGCCAGGAGCCAUUGAAAGACACGUAUGGGCUGUCUACAUGUGAUGACCACAUCAACGCCAAAAAAAGCGUACCAACAGCCAUUGAAGACAGUGACCGGCCGGUGGGUGCCUACUUAGGUCAGAAUCUGGCUUCAUUGAUGCACCAAACAACAAAAGCAAAAGAGCCGUUGAAAGCAAGAAGCGAAGACAAAGAAGUAACAGCAGCAGGAAGCAACUUUGUCUGGUGCAAUCUUGUCAUUGCUUACGCUCAAGUCGAAUGA